AUUCACCUGUAUGAUAAGCUAUGUUUAUACUUCGAUAAAAUGUGCAAUAACCAGACCACUCUUUGCAGCGCAUUACUAAAAGAUCUACAAAACACUACAAUAGUUUUAGAAUUGCGUGUUUUAGGGGUAUUGGGAAAAUUACUUACUGGACCAUGGAUGGGUGGUGAUUUGUCAAACCCUUCACCAGCUCUUUUGGAACAAACCAAGUCUGCCCCUACACACAACAUGUUUGCAGAGCGUAUCAUGGGACUCACUGACCAUCAUUUUAAACGAGCUCCAAAUGCUACAACAGGCUUUAUAGAUGGAAAAGUGAAAUCCGCCAAAAACAACACCAUGUCAUGGCUUGCCAGUAAGACAUCAACUCAACAGAAAUCCAUCAUCUAUUUUAGUAUUACCAGAGCAAGACAAAAGAGAAAUUUGUGGAAAAAAAGGGCUGAAAAUAUUGCUAAAAUACAAGACCAUAGAGUGAGGAACAAGUUGCAGAAAUUUGACAAAAGCGCCCGUAUGAAAAUCGAACGGAACUUAAAGGACAUUUAUGAAAAAGGAGCAACAGUUAGAUGCCUAUGA